UAAAAUAAACACAUGAUGAAUUUACUUGUGACAAUUUCUUGGCUCCUGUCAAUUGUAUUGGUUGUAGACGCAUUCACAUUCAGUGCUCAACAGAUAUCUCAAGUAAAAAAUGGGCGCAAUUUCAAAGGCCGGGUAGUGUUGGUCACCGGGUCGUCGUCGGGCAUCGGAGAGGCUAUUGUCAAACUGUUUAGUCUAUUGGGCGCUAAAGUGGUGGUCACCGGCAGGAGUGCCGCCAAACUCAAGCGAGUGGCUCACGAGGCGUACCAAUUGUCGCCCAAAAAAAUAAAACCGCUGGAAGUGGUGGCGGAUGUGACAAAAAGUGAUGAUUUGAAGAGACUUAUUGACGAGACAAUUAAAACUUAUGGUAAAUUAGACGUAUUGGUCAAUAACGCGGGUGUUUUUAAACUAUCGGGCAUUAGAGAUAAGAAAAAUUUCAUGAAGACAUACGACCAGAUAUUUCAGGUAAAUGUCAGACCUGUGCUUGAGUUAAGUCAAUUGGCUGUACCACAUCUGGAGAGAAACAACGGUACCAUUAUUAGCACAUCAAGUUUAAUGGCCGAACAU